AUGGAGGUAGCCGCGCUGCCGACGCCACUUUACAAUAUCAUAUCAUACGUGAUCAUGUUAGUCGACGCUAAAACAACGGCGUUCUUACGUCCGCUGGCCCUAUAUAUCCGUUCAGUAUGCGCUGCAGAUUUCGAGCUAGCGCCAAGGAUCAAUUCACAGCGCAUAAUGGCAAAGGCGGUAAUCUUCAGUGACUUCGACGGUACAAUAACAUGGCAGGACUCCAAUGAUUUCCUGGCAGAUCAGUAUGGGCUCGGGCAGGCGGCUCGCCGGCGGCUGUUCGAAGGGGUGAUCGAGGGAACAACGUCGUUCCGCGACGGGUUCUUGCAGAUGCUCGAGAGCAUCCGGCUGCCGUUCGACCAGUGUGUGUCCAAGGUGCGGGAGCACGUGCAGCUGGACCCCGGCUUCAAGGACAUGUACGAGUGGACGCGGCGGGAGGGCGUGCCGCUGGUGGUGAUCAGCAGCGGCAUGAGGCCGCUGAUCGAGGCGCUGCUGGAGCAGCUGCUGGGUCACGAGGCGCUGCAGCAAAUCGAGGUGAUCGCCAACGAGGUGGACGUGCGGCAGGACGGGACCUGGUGCAUCCGGUACCGCGACGAGUCCGAGCACGGGCACGACAAGUCGCGGUCGAUCGCGGCGUGCAAGCAGCGCUGGCAACACCUCGAGCCCGCGCCGGUGUAUUUCUACUGCGGCGAUGGGAUCAGCGACCUGAGCGCUGCGAAGGAAUGCGACCUGCUGUUUGCGAAGAGUGGCAAGGACCUGAUCUCCUUCUGCAAGAAGCAGGACGUUCCGUUCCGCGAGUUCAACACUUUUGACGAUGUGCUGAGCGCGGUCAAGCGCGUGGUGGCGGGCGAGGCCUCUGUCACGGAACUCCAGGGGGGCUCCGCUGCGUAA